ACAUCCUGUUUGUACAAAUCAUUCAAUUUUGAAAACACUAAAGAGAAAGUAGAUAUUGCAGACUACGAAGUUACCUCGAAGACCCGCUUCCAGCAACUACGGGCAACAACCUUUUCUGUUUCACCAGCUUCCUUAUAAACCGGCACUGCCCACUGACGCUCAAACUUCAAAACAUUCGGAUAUUUCGGCCCGCCUGUUGCUUGCUUGCUGAAAUUAUCUCGUCGCCGAUACAUUCUUGUUUCUUGUUUUUUAUUAAAAAACCACAUGCUGUUAUUGUAGUGGCAUUUCAGGAUUCGUAACUGGCUGUUGAACUACUAAACUAGCCCAUGGAUCACGCCUUGUGAAUGAACCGCUCAUAGUGCAACAACUACAAUCGAUACCAAAUAAGGACAAAGCAAAUUGUCUGAACCAAUGUCCAAGCAAGUGCAACUUGGUAAAGUUCUAAACUUGCCUCAUCCCAUUACCCCUUCGAAAAGCAGUUUUUUAUUCCAAGACAAAUGGACUCUAAAUUUGUAACUCCAAGACCUGUCCCACAAUUCAACAUAAUCAACACCUUUUCCACAAAAAAGGAGAGGACACUUCCUGGCCAGAAAAAACGGGCUCCACCGACCCCGACGCCGAUAAUAUCGGCCUAUUACAGUUGCCCUGGUCCCCAAAAGGCGCAUACUAUUUCAUUUAAGUCGAAAUCCGACUCGGCACUGAUAAGCAGUCCUCAUUACAAUCUGUCGAAGGAAGACACGUUCUUUCGGCAAUGCUUUGAAAUCGAAGCUAACAUUGGCUCUGGUUCGUUUGGCGAUGUCUUUCGCGUUCGUAGCAAAGAAGACGGUCGAAUGUACGCCGUCAAGCGAUCACGAGUACCUUUUCGUGGUACAACUGAUCGUAAGGAAAAACUAGAGGAAGUUCGAAAAAUGGAGUCCCUCCCUCAUCACCCCAAUUGCGUUCGUUUUUAUCAAGCAUGGGAGGAAAACCAGUUCCUCUACAUUCAGCUCGAGCUAUGUCAGUCCAGUCUGAGUGAAAUUUCUGAACAACAGCAUGAGCUACCUGAGCACUUAAUCUGGGACUACAUGAUCGACUUGCUAUUGGCAAUUAAACAUUUGCAUGACAAUGACUUAAUUCACAUGGAUGUUAAACCUGAGAAUAUUUUAUUAUCAAUGGAUGGCGUUUGCAAACUUGGGGAUUUUGGACUCGUUGUUAAUCUCAAAGAGAAUCUAUUUGACGCCACCGAGGGGGAUUCAAAGUACUUGGCACCCGAAGUACUAGGAGGGGCGUUCUCUAAAAAAGCAGACAUUUUCAGCCUGGGUAUCACGCUGCUUGAACUGGCCUGUGAUCUUGACUUGCCGGCCAACGGCACUUUGUGGCACGAGCUGAGACAAGGUUCCCUUCCCCCUACCAUCACGAGACCAGAUUUAUCUAAAGAGUUGAGGACCGUACUAGAAAUGAUGAUGAAUCCCGACGUGUCAUCUCGGCCGUCAGCAUCUCAAUUGUUGCAACACCCGUUCCUCCGAUCCAGGAGACGAUGGAGGUGCCUUAAAUUAGGCUGGCAUAAUGCCUGCCUUUCUUUUCGUACCAACUUGGUCGUGCUGCUAUUCCGAUUGUUUCAGCUCUUUUUGCUUAUCUUCCUGCCCAUACGCGCACUGGCACGUAAAUGGCGCAAACCCGACUUUGGCUCUAAGCCGACCACGCCCGUUUUUCAACGGCCACAACCGUGCAACUUCGCGAACGAUUAUUCUUUUUCUGAUGAUGAAGUGAGUGACUUAUCCUCAGCGGUAAUCAGUGGAAAUGACAGCACUCUUGGGCGCCCACUUAAUGACAGUUCACCCUUGCCUCAAAACAAUAGCAUAGAACAUCGGGCAGAUGAACAACCUGUAAGUUCGACACCGCUGGUGUUGCGCGGGGGCCGUUCGUCACGCCACUCUUCUUUGAGACGAUCCAUUUUCAGUCGUCCGACUGAUCACGAUUCAGCUGAUGACCCACAUUCCAAUAACAUGUCCUAUGCCACACCCAACAAACCAAUCCCCCGCAAAUUGAAUGAUUACUUUGACGCUAUCGCCUCGGAUUCGGAUUAAUGCACAUAGCAACUC